CGAGGGACGACCGACUUCCUUCGAAAGUCGUACAAACAAACCCCUCUGCUUCCCCGGCGGCCGCUCACCGACUGCACGGACUGAAAACCUUGCUUCUGCUCCUUCCGUCGAUCAAUGUUGGAUCACCUUUCCCGUCGGCGAUAGCACUAGAAGGAUAGCUUAGGGACCCGUUUCGGAAUUGAGCAAUGGCCGCGACGGCCGGAUUUAGAUCCCGUUUCUGCGUUAUAGUCAUCGUAGCUUGUUUGUGCUUUUCCGGCCUGAGUCCGGUACGGGGACAGAAUCGCCGGCCGAAGAACGUGCAGGUUGCUGUUCGAGCGAAGUGGGAAGGCACUCCAGUCUUACUGGAAGCCGGAGAGUUACUGUCCAAGGAAUGGAAGGACCUAUACUGGGAAUUCAUUGAUGUUUGGGACAAGAUUGAGAAAGACGAACCUGAUAGUUACUCAGCUAAAGACUGCCUCAAAAGGAUUGUGAAGCUAGGCGGUGGUCUUCUGAGUGAUCCAUUGGCCUCACUGUUUGAGUUCUCUCUGACUCUGAGAUCAGCAUCGCCGAGAUUACAGCUCUAUCGACAACUAGCAGAGGAGUCUCUUGCUUCUUUCCCUCCGUCUGAUGAUGGGACGUCAGCUGAUGGUGGGGCGGUUGUAGAGACAAGUGCACUUAAGAAGUCUGGUCCUUUGCUUGUUGGAAGGAACCCUAGCAGCCCUAGUGGGAAGUGUUGUUGGGUCGAUACUGGUGGAAGAGUGUUCUUUGACGUUUCGGAGUUGCAAUUGUGGAUCCGCAGCAACCCUGCUUUUGCAGGAGACUCUUUUCAGCAACCAGAGCUAUUUGACUUCGAUCAUAUUCAUUUCAACUCACGUGCUGGGAGUCCUGUUGCUAUAUUAUAUGGAGCCAUCGGGACAGACUGUUUUAAGGAGUUCCAUGCUGUCCUGGUUAUAGCUGCCAAAGAGGGGCAGGUAAAGUAUGUCGUUAGACCUGUUCUACCCUCUGGCUGUGAGUCAAAAGUUCAUCAUUGUGUUGCUGUUGGAGCUAGAGAUUCCUUAAACUUAGGAGGCUAUGGAGUAGAACUUGCCCUGAAGAACAUGGAAUAUAAGGCUAUGGAUGAUAGCACAAUUAAAAAGGGUGUUACUUUGGAAGAUCCUAGGACCGAAGAUCUUAGCCAGGAAGUCAGAGGGUUCAUUUUCUCAAAGCUAUUAGAGCGAAAACCUGAGCUUACAUCCGAGAUAAUGGCUUUCAGGGACUACCUAUUGUCUUCAACAAUAUCUGACACACUCGAUGUGUGGGAACUGAAGGAUUUAGGACAUCAGACAGCACAAAGGAUAGUGCAAGCUUCUAAUCCCCUACAGGCUAUGCUGGAAAUCAACCAAAACUUUCCUAGUGUUGUUUCUUCUCUGUCACGAAUGAAGCUGAAUGAUUCAGUGAAAGAAGAAAUAACCACGAACCAGAGAAUGAUCCCUCCUGGGAAGUCGUUAAUGGCUCUCAAUGGUGCUAUACUUAAUGUUGAGGAUAUUGACCUUUACAUGUUGGUUGACUUGGUUCAGCAGGAGUUGCUAUUGGCUGAUCAGUUAUCCAAGUUGAAGGUUCCUCAAAGGACUGUACGGAGGCUUCUGUCAACAAUGUCUCCACAAGAGUCUAAUACCUUCCGUGUUGACUUCCGCUCUGCUAAUGUUCACUUUCUCAAUAACUUGGAGGAGGACGUGAUGUAUAAGCGGUGGCGGAGCAACUUAAAUGAGAUUUUGAUGCCCGUCUUUCCUGGACAACUGCGCUACAUCCGCAAGAAUCUGUUCCAUGCAGUUUAUGUUAUUGAUCCAGCAAGUCGAUGUGGUCUUGAGGCCGUUGACAUGAUUAUAUCAUUAUAUGAGAACAAUGUUCCAGUGAGAUUCGGGUUGUUAUUAUACUCUUCAGACUUCUUGAACAAAGUAGAACUGACUGGUGGUGAAGUUCAUUCAUCUGCCACUGAAAGGACAGAAGAUAAAUCCAGUGUGAUCAUACGUCUCUUCUUAUACAUGAAGGAAAACUAUGGAGUUCAGACGGCAUUUCAGUUUCUGAGCAAUGUUAACAGGUUACGCUUGGAGUCUGAAGACAUUUCCGAAGCUCCUGAAAUGCACCAUGUCGAAGGAGCUUUUGUGGACACAUUAUUACCAAAGGCAAAAUCCCAUCCUCAAGACAUGUUACUCAAAUUGUUGAAGGACCAAACAUACAAGGAGUUAUCACAAGAAAGCUCAAUGUCAGUUCUUAAGCUAGGUUUGUCCCACAUGAAGUGCCCUCUCUUGAUGAAUGGUCUUGUGGCUGAUUCUACUGAGGAGGCUCUUAUGAAUGCAAUGAACGAUGAACUUCCCAGAAUUCAAGAACAAGUAUAUUAUGGUCACAUAACUUCUCGUACUGAUGUCUUGGAAAAAUUCCUUUCAGAGGGCGGUAUUAGCCGAUAUAAUCCACAAAUCAUUGCUGAGGGGAAGGAAAAACCAAGAUUUAUGUCUCUUAUGUCCGCAGUUCUUGGAGAAGAGUCCGUUAUUAAUGAUAUAAACUAUCUGCACUCUCCCAACACUGUUGAUGAUUUGAAGCCUGUGACUCAGCUUCUUGUUGUUGACAUCACAACGAAGAGAGGGCUCAAGUUGCUUCAUGAAGGAAUUCGCUUUCUGAUUGAAGGAUCUAAAGUGUCUCGUUUGGGUGUUUUAUUUACUGCCAGCCAAGAUAUUGAUUUACCUAGUCUCCUUUUUGUGAAGGCUUUUGAAGUCACUGUUUCGGCAUACGGUCAUAAGAAAAAUGCAUUGACGUGUCUGGAUUAUAUAACUUCAUAUUAUGAGCAGAAGUAUGUUUUCCCAUCCUCUGGAGCAGUUGAAAGCACACAAAUAUUUUUGGACAAAAUCUAUGAGCUUGCUGAUUCCAAUGGCUUGUCACCGAAAGCCUACAAAUCUGUGCUGCCUACGUUAUCUAUGAAGGAUAUGAAAAUAUAUUUGAGCAAGGUGGCACAAUUUUUGUUCAGGCUACUGAGGAUUGAAUCUGGAGUGAAUGCUGUCAUUACAAAUGGAAGGGUUAUGAUCCCUAGUGAAGGUUCCUUUGUCAGCCAUGAUCUACAGCUCCUAGAGUCUGUGGAGUAUAAGCAGCGUAUCAAACAUAUUGUGGAUAUUAUUGAAGAAGUGGAGUGGCAAGAAGCAGAUCCUGACUUAUUAACGAGCAAAUUUGUAAGCGACGUUAUCAUGUGCGUAUCAUCUGCAAUGGCUACAAGGGAUCGAAGUUCUGAGAGUGCACGAUUUGAGGUUCUUAAUGAUAAACAUAGUGCUGUCAUUAUAGAAAAUGAAGAUUCCAGUGUGCAUAUUGAUGCUGUAAUUGAUCCUUUAAGUCCAAUUGGUCAAAAGGUGGCUUCACUUCUUAAUGUUUUGAAGAAAUACAUUCAACCAAGCUUGAGAAUGGUUUUAAAUCCUCUGAGUUCUCUAGUGGAUCUUCCCCUGAAAAACUACUACAGAUAUGUUGUGCCAACAAUGGAUGACUUCAGCGGUACUGACUACACAGUACCUGGUCCAAAGGCAUUUUUUGCAAACAUGCCACUGUCCAAAACUCUCACCUUGAAUCUGGAUGUUCCUGAGCCAUGGCUUGUUGAACCUGUUAUUGCUGUUCAUGACAUGGACAACAUUUUGCUUGAGAACCUGGGUGAUACAAGGACAAUGCAGGCAGUUUUUGAACUUGAAGCAGUUGUUCUUACUGGUCAUUGUUCUGAGAAAGAUCAUGAGUCACCUCGGGGACUUCAGCUGAUUCUCGGAACCAAGAGCAUGCCUCAUUUGGUUGAUACAAUCGUGAUGGCCAAUUUGGGCUACUGGCAAAUGAAAGCUUCCCCUGGUGUAUGGUACCUGCAACUUGCUCCUGGCAGAAGUUCUGAGCUUUAUUCCCUAAAGGAAGGUGGUGUUGGAAAUGAAGACAAGCAUUUCUCAAAGCGCAUUACCUUAGAUGAUUUUAGAGGUAAGGUGGUUCAUAUGGAAGUAGUGAAGAAGAAAGGCAAGGAACAUGAGAAACUGCUUCUUUCUAGCGAUGAUGAUAGCGAGUCACGUGGAAGGGAGAAAGGAUCUCGUGAUGGUUGGAAUGCUAAUUUCUUGAAAUGGGCCUCUGGCAUCAUUGGCGGCAAUGGAAAAUCUAAAAAAGGUGAAAACACUGCAGUGGCUAAAAAAGUAAAGGGUGGACGACAUGGAAGAACAAUCAACAUUUUUUCUAUCGCCUCUGGACACCUGUAUGAACGGUUUCUGAGAAUUAUGAUUCUGAGUGUCUUGAAGAACACUCAACGUCCGGUGAAGUUUUGGUUUAUAAAGAACUACCUUUCUCCUCAAUUUAAGGAUGUAAUUCCACACAUGGCUGAAGAAUAUGGUUUCGAAUAUGAACUGGUCACCUAUAAAUGGCCAACAUGGCUACAUAAGCAGAAAGAAAAACAGCGAAUCAUCUGGGCUUAUAAGAUUUUGUUCCUUGAUGUCAUCUUCCCUAUUUCCUUGGAAAAGGUUAUAUUUGUUGAUGCAGAUCAGAUCGUGAGAGCUGACAUGGGAGAACUUUAUGAUAUGGACAUAAAAGGAAGGCCCCUAGCAUAUACACCUUUCUGCGACAACAACAAGGAUAUGGAUGGAUAUAGAUUCUGGAGACAAGGAUUUUGGAAAGAGCAUUUACGGGGAAGACCAUACCAUAUCAGUGCUCUGUACGUCGUCGAUCUUGUGAAAUUUCGAGAAACUGCUGCUGGUGAUAACCUGAGGGUUUUCUAUGAAACUCUUAGCAAGGAUCCCAACAGUUUGUCCAACUUAGAUCAGGAUCUUCCAAACUACGCUCAGCAUACCGUCCCAAUCUUUUCUCUACCCAAAGAGUGGCUAUGGUGUGAAUCAUGGUGCGGCAAUGCCACCAAAUCCAAGGCAAAGACUAUUGAUCUUUGUAACAACCCAAUGACAAAGGAACCCAAGCUCCAGGGGGCAAGAAGAAUUGUUCCCGAGUGGGUGGAUCUUGACUCAGAAGCAAGACGAUUCACCGCCAAAAUAUUGGGAGAAGAAGUGGAAUCCGAAGAGCAGGUUGCAGCCCCCGUCCCACCCGAGCAGCCAAGCUCUCAACCAGAAAUAGACCUGGAAUCCAAGGCAGAAUUGUGAAGAGAAGAUCGAAAACUGCUCCGGUUCGAACUUCCAGAACAUUUGGUGGGAAACAGUAAUGCACGGAGCUGCAGAAACCAGGGGACUUUGACAUUUUUGUUGUAUCCAGAAAGAGUGAUAGUCAUACAAUUCAAGGCCUGGUCUCAUAGAAUGGCUGUAGUUUCAGUUUGGGCAAAGCCUUUGUAGUUUGCUUUCGGCUAAGAAAAUUUUGGUUAGAUGGGUAGUAGAGAACUUUUUGUUCAUGAUACUUUGGCCCUAUGAUGCGACUAAUUAGAAUACACAUAUGAUGAUUGUUUAAAUGCAUCAAUUUAGAGAAUCCGUCGUUAUCCGAAAAUGACACCAAUUCUUGACACCUUAAGAAAGAGCGCCUUCACUAAAUAAAUAUAUCCUUCUUGUCUUCGCAUCUUUAUACCAAAAUUUCUAUCUACAACCAAAUCCAGUAUCCUGCAAUUACCAGAGACUUGCCAAAAACCAACCUAUAGACACCCCCCAACAGAUAAACACAAGGAACAAGCACUGCGUCGAAUAAUGCCCACAUUCGGGGGUUUCAAACGAGCAUCGAAAUCCUCAAUGUAGCUUCAAGAUGGCAUGCAGCAGUUCUGAGAUCCGGGCAUAUUCCUUCAUGUUCAAACAUCGAACCCGGGCAAAGCAAACUGGGUUGCAAAACCUUCAACUUGGUUCCGGACCUCGGCAAGGUCCUUGCUGCUCUGCAGAGCUUCCAGGAAAGCCUUUGGGGACUUGCCAUGCUCUCGCUGUAACGUGCUCGCGAUAUGGGCAACCCUCAGUAGAAAAUCGGCCAUCAUCUCGAAAUCAGACUCCAGGCAACCUCUAGACGUCAUAGCAGGUGUGCCGAUCCUUACACCGCCAGGAGUAAUGGUGCCAUUAUCACCAAAGAUUGCAAUUUUAUUCACAGUCAUAUGGCACAUCUCGCAGACCUUCUCAUAUGUUUUACCUGUUAGUCCCAGAGGCCUCAGAUCCCAAAGCAACAAAUGGUUAUCCGUGCCUCCAGUUACCAGGCGGCAUCUUCUUCUCAACAAAGCAUUGGCUAAAGCCUGUGAGUUACGCUUCACCUGUUGCAUAUACACCUUGUAUUCUGGAGUAGCAACUUGCUUCAAGGCGAUUGCAAGAGCGGCUAUGUGGUUAUUGUGAGGUCCACCUUGCAACGAUGGAAAUACAGCAAAGUUUAUCUUCUCCUCGAAAUCAUACUGCUCACUUUCAUUUCCCUGACUUAGAAGCAUUCCUCUUUUCCUUGGCUUCGCACCCUUCCUGUAGAAAAUUAUGCCUCCCCUUGGUCCCCGCAAGCUUUUAUGCGUUGUUGAGGUAACAAUAUCACAGUAAUCAAAAGGAUUGACGCAUUCCUUAGUCGCAACAAGGCCGCUAAUUUGAGCCAUAUCACACAAAAGAACAGCACCACACUUAUCCGCAAUCUGCCUGAACCUCGCAUAAUCCCACUCCCUAGGAUACGAGCUUCCACCACAGAUAAGAAUCUUGGGCCUGAAAUCAAGCGCCCUCUCUUCCAGCUUAUCGAAAUCAAUGUAACCAGUUUGUGGGUUCACCUUAUACGACAAACUCUCAAAGAAAAUGGAGGCACCCGAAACUUUCCUACCACUCGGCAUAUAACAACCAUGGCUAGUAUUACCUCCAGAAGGAGUAUCCAGACCCAUGAUUCUGUCCCCAGGCAACAACAACCCUGUAUAGACAGCGAAAUUAGCCGAAGUACAAGAGUAUGGCUGGACAUUAACACCCCAAUUCUCCGAAUCCAACCCGAAAGCAUCCAGCGCCCGCUUGCAACACAGGUUUUCAAUCUCGUCAAUGUACUGAUUCCCACCAUAGUAACGCGCCCCUGGCAUCCCUUCCGAAUACUUGUUGGUCAAAUGACUACCGAGUGCAUCCAUUACAGCUCUACACACGAAAUUCUCCGACGCGAUAAGCUCAAUCCCUUUGAACUGCCUCUCCUUCUCCUUGCCCAUGAUCUCAAACAGCUCCGGAUCUGCCUCGCUAAUCGGCUGGUUCCCCCAAGCCUUCACCGAGCUCCGCCGCUCCUGAACAUCCGCCUCGCUCACAGCAACCGGCCUCUUGGCCGGACCGCACUGAACUUCGGAAUCGGGGCGACGCCUCUUGAAGCACAUCGAGUGGCCCAAAAUCCGAAACUCCCUCUCGUCCUCCUCGUCCCCGGGGUCGCGAUUCAGCUCCACGGCGGCACCACCGUUCUGGUUGUGGAGGAGGCCUCCGCGGUGGCAAUUCUCGUUUAUCGACUCCAGUAGCCGGAGCGGGAGGUGGUGGACGGAGGCGGCCGAAGAGGCGGAAGAGGCUUCACGGACGAAGAUCGAAUCAUCGGAAAUCUGGGAGCGGUGGGAGGCAGGGGAAACGCUGGGGACCAAGCCAAGAGACAAGUUGGAUUCCAUCAACAACAACAAGAGCGGAAUUCACAGACGAAGCAGGAGAAAGGGACUGAGAUCCAGAGAUGCGAAGCAGCAGAGAGGUGAAGAGGAGGAUGGCUUGAAGACGGUCCGGCCGGCGGCUGAAGGAAAGGAACGACGAGCAGAGAAAACCGACCAGAGAGCAAAGUAGGAAGAAGGGGGAAUUUGGGCUUAGCGUAGGAGAUGGUUGACGGAGAAUCCAGGAAGGCAAGGAAGAGAAGGACGGAAUGAACCUGGACGAAAUUCUGGAUAUUUUCCAUUUUAAUUUUUGGCUUCUUGUUAUUUAUUUAUUUAUUUUCUGUUGGGCCU